UAUAAUUUGGAUAAUCCUUGAGCAAAUAGUCCCCAAAUGUUUAAGUUCCUUACGAUGACUGAAGUUUGAGUGUGAAGUAGCCACCGUCUGAAGCUCCGAUCGUGGUCGCCGUUCGAUGGAAGCGUGGGUUCACCGAGUAGCAGCAGUUGCGCGAGAGAGGGAAGUUCAAUCGCAAGGCACAAUAUGAUUUUUUAGGGUUUUUUUUUUAAUUAAAUCUAAAGAGCAAUUUCAUCCAGCUCCCACCCUUUCCCAUAAUUUCCAUCUAGCUGUUCUUAGGGUUCUAAAUCCUUCUGCAAAUUGAGGUUUUGAAUCAUAGCCAUGGAAUCGGCCGAAGGGCUUAAUAAUUUCAAAGUGGGGCAUCUUCCAACAGUGUUCUAUAUUCCCAACUUCAUAACACACGACGAUGAGACCCUGCUUCUAGAUAAUAUUUAUAAAGCGCCUGCGUCAAAAUGGAAAUCUUUGAAGAAUAGGAGGCUGCAAAAUUGGGGUGGCAUUGUACAUGAAAAAGGUCUUCUCCCCCAAGAAUUGCCUGUUUGGCUGACAAAUAUCACCAAGAAGAUCUAUCAAGAAACAAAUCUAUACCCUGCACCCAUAAACCAUGUUCUUAUCAACGAAUACCUUCACAAUCAAGGCAUAAUGCCGCACCAAGAUGGCCCUGCUUACUUUCCUGUAGUAGCAAUUCUAUCUCUUGGUUCUCCUGUUGUUAUGGACUUCACGCCCCAUUCAAGGUUGAAAUCAUGUGCAGACCAGUUGACAGAAAACUUCGACGACAAAGAUUCUAAUGGAACAACUCACUGCCCUUUCUCUGUACUUCUAAUGCCUCGUAGUUUGCUCAUAUUUAAGGAUGAAGCUUAUUCUGGUUACUUGCAUGGUAUCAAUGACAACAGUCUUCAAUGUUAUGAACAGACAGUGAACAAAAUUGAGGUUCAAAGCACGCUAUUAGAAACAGAAAAUCAGACAGUCAAAGUGAACCAUGAUCAUAGUUCUUUCGAGAGAACAAAUACUCGAGUUUCGUUGACAUGUCGAUUAGUACCAAAGGUUCACAAGCAUUUGUUUAGGCAUUGAACAUUCCUUGAAGAAGUUUUUGGUUUGUACAGUAUUAGAAGUUUUAAAUAGUCUACUGGCUAUCAUAUCAUAUGAGCAUUAAAAUGCAUUGGUAAUGGCUACAAAAUAGAAAGGAAACUAUACCCGACUAGGGAUGGGUAUGCUUAGAAAAUUUAAUAGAAUAAAUUCAGAGAAUGUUGCCAUACUCGUAGUAACGCAAUGAACUUUCACUUGUUUCAUUAAUUUUGUUUUCUCACAGAAUUUCUUGUAAUUUGAAUACUGUGCCACUGAGUUCAUAGUUAUUGGAACCUUCAUUUAUUUUCCCC